AUGCCUGCUACUUCUCCUCCCAAGAGAGCAUGCGACCAAUGCCACGCAGUGAAGGAAAAGUGCCGACGAAUAAGCGAUUCUGCGCCAUGCGAAAGAUGUUCACGCCUUGGUCAGGAAUGCCAAACGAUACGGAGCCCAGCCAAGACCGGAAGAAAACCUCGAGCCGCAGAGAAAAUAUCAUACAGCUUGCCAGUCGCACAAAGCUCGAACUGUUCUGGGACCUCACUGCAACUUUCAAAAGCUAUUCUAGCCAAUUCACCCACACCGUAUAACGCCGGGCUAAGCAGCAAUCAAACAAUAUUUGCCGACCUCGAUGAAUGGGAAAAACACUUCUUGAAUUUCAUGAAAGAUGUUCUUGCUCCUUCGCCUCUAGAUAAAUUCCUAGUGGGUCCGAGCUUCCACGAGGCACACCACACUUCCUUUGUGCAGAAUCUCAUCCAACCCAUACCGGAGCUACGAAAUGCUUCUGUAGCCUGCGCUGCUGUGUUAUUCAGCGACCGGUUCGCAGAACAUACGAACAAGACCAUGGAUAUCGGACAUAAACGGGCAGCUUUAGCUGUAUCAUCUCUGCGAUGCUUCCAAAUAUCCAAUGAAAAGGACCUUACCACAAUGCUCAUUCUCAGUGUAGCAAUGAUAACAUUUGCGAUGCACGUUACAGAUGGCCAGCCCUAUCUUAUCGCCCAAUACACUUUGAGCAUCAUCAAAUCGCAAUACCAAAGCCUUAUCAAUUUCCAAUCGCCAAUGAUGGAUCUUUUCAUGUGUCUUGUCAGCACGGAGACAUUUGAAUGUCUACUCCGAUCCAAAACACCAGCUUGGAGGCUAGAUACCAGCCAACGUGGCAAUGUCAUUGACCGAUAUCUCGGCCUAAGCUACCCGCUUUUCCCUCUCUUCUUUGAUAUAUGCGAGGCAGCUGAUCAGCUUCGAAACUGCAAAAUCAACCAAAGGGAUGGAAUCUUUGUUCGGUUAAUGGAGACAAAGGCCGCGGUAGACCAGUGGUAUCCAUCACCUGAAGCGGACUUCCUCGUACGACUAUCUCGGGAUGAGGUCGUCACCAUAAUGACGCAAGCCAGGAUACUGCGCUUAGCUGGACUGCUCAUUAUCCAUCGACUGAGAUACCCAUUUGGUCAGCACGAUGAUGAAGCACAGAGGUUAUCUAGGGACAUGAUUUCGGAAUUCAACACUGUGCUUCGAAUUACUGAGCGUUCCGUGCCGUGUACAUCGCUUGCCUAUUUAGCCGCCUGCUUUGAAGCCUUUGGAGACGACAGGAGAAAAACUGCUUUGGCACAAAUUCCAUCCGUUAUCACUUUCUCAAAACAGGCUCAGAUAAAGACUGCCAGAUUACUAAAGUCAAUGUGGGAUUUAAGAGAUUGUCAAACCCAGUUCUAUUGGUUCGAGUUAGGAGAGUACUUCUAA